AUGGCCGAGAUAGGCCUGCGAAGAAAACGCUCGGCAGAGCCUGAAGGACAAGUCGACGAGAGCCCCCUCAAGAGGAGCCGCCCCAGCGACGCCCCUCAUUUCAAAUGGCUCUGGUCACCACCACAUCCAUCCGCAUUUCCCUCUUCGGCGGGCCUGUGGGCGCAACCCGUCCCAGACGGAAUGUUCCUCACCCGCCACGACCUUCCGUGCUCCUUCUCCGCGCCGCCGGAGCCCACGCACAGCAGACGUCCCCGUCGCCGAGGCGCCAUCUCGGUGACACCCUCGGCCUCGCCGAGCCAGCUGGACCGGCACCUGGCCCAGCAGCUCCAGCAGCAGAUCGCCGUCAUCCGCCUCCAGUCAGCAGCCCAGUGUCGCACAACACUGGACCAGGACUGCCGUCAAGAAGACGUCCGCGACGAGAGCGACGCAGAGGUUGACCGGAUACGCCGUGAGCUCGAGUCCGUGCAGAUUGACGCCGCCCUGCCGUCCAUCCUGGGCAUCUCGAUUGACUUUGAUCGAAAACUUCUUCGUCAGAGGCUUCUAGGCACCGAGGUACGUCGGCCAUGCACUUGA